AUGUCUAACAGCCCUAUGGUUCAGAGAGGUCCAACCAUCAGUGGUGAAGUUGAUUUUCCCUUUGUACUUCUGCAAUGCACUGACAAGUCUGUGCAAACACAAGUUGAACAUCUCAUGAGACAGUUGACGGGGAUGCACACUGCCAACAAUCUUUUUCCAGACCUCAUCAGCAUCCCUUGCUUGAUUGAUGGCUUGCAGAAUAUCAUCUCCCCAACACAAGUAACACCUCACUGUGGUUUUGCAACAUCUGGCCAGGCACUUGAAUUCAUGUGCAUGUCACCCACCCUGCUCAAUGAUCUUGGGAACCAUAUCAAAGAAGGCAUGUCCUGGUUUAAAAACUUACUUAGUCCAUCCUUCACACUUUCUUCUGUCGCCUCUGAGUCAGUUGGCAGAAGUUCAACACCAUCGUGCAAGGUACCUUCCUCCUCUGUGUGGACACUUGGUGUAGCUGGUGGUGGUGCCAUCACAGAGUUACCUGCUGGAAAUGUUGCAACAACUGUAUUGGGUACCCUCUCCUCGCUAGUAAGAGUGCCUCCAGUGGCUUUUCGUUUCUUCAAUGUGUCUUCAAGUGCAGCUUUAGCUUUGGCAGAGAUCUUGGGUACAUCAGCAAAACACCAGGUCUCUUAA